AUGAAGAGGCUGAGCGAGGAGAGCUGGUCGGGCUCCGAGUCGGACGGGACCAUAGACGUGGGCAAAGAGGAGGAAUACAGCCAAGUAUCCAGGGCUGUUUCUCCCACCACCACAUCUCAGAUACAAGCCAGGAAGAAGCGGAGAGGGAUCAUUGAGAAGCGGCGCCGUGACCGUAUUAACAGCAGCCUGUCUGAACUGAGGCGUUUAGUCCCUACUGCCUUUGAGAAGCAGGGCUCCUCCAAGCUGGAGAAGGCAGAAAUCCUGCAAAUGACAGUGGACCAUUUAAAAAUGCUUCAUGCCACUGGAGGAACAGGGUUCUUAGAUGCCCGAUCCCUGGCUGUGGAUUACAGGAGUAUCGGCUUCCGUGAAUGCCUCACUGAAGUUGUCAGAUACCUUGGUAUCCUUGAGGGACAAAAUGGUGCUGAUCCUAUCCGGCUACGACUCCUCUCCCACCUGAAUAAUUAUGUUGCCGAAAUGGAGCCUUCGCCCAUGGCCACUUCCCUUCUGCCCUUUCAGAUGUGGCCCUGGUCAUUCAUCCACAAUUCCACAGCCCCCGCCAACCAAGUACUAAUACCCAGGAGGGAGGCUGUCCCGGGUCUAGCUGUCUUGACUGCUUCCCCCCUGGCUUAUCCAAGCACCACCAUGAGAAGAGCUCCCGUUCGCCGAAUUCCUAGUGCCAUCAUGCCAGCCCGCCGAAACUUCCUUUCCAAUCGGAUGGCCUCUUCGUCCCGGAGGUCUAGACCCACAGUGACAUCACCAACCCCAGGCGCCAUGUCCAGUGUGCCAUCACCGAGGGGUGCCCUGAGAGAUGCCACCUCUAGAAGCAGCCAGAUUGCAACUUUCCUGCUCUCCUCUGCCUCUGCUGGAGUUCCCGUACCAUCUGCUUCUUACACAGCUCCUCCUGCUUUGAAUGCUUCUCCUCAGGGGCCAGGCACCAGAGGUGGGACUUCCAGACUCUGCCGCUCCUGGGCUACUGAAAUUGGGGCUUUCUGA